UGGGGAAUAUUGCGACUAGCAUUGAGCACGGUCGACCCGCACGUUAAAAAACAACAGACUUAUUUACACACAUGUUUACUCCGUCGUGAAAAACGUUACCGAUUUUUCUCUCAAAUUACAAAUUAUAAGCAGUCGUCGUCAUCGACUCGUUAAAAAAGGAUUGUCAGGAUAAGCAAAUCUUCAUUUUCGAAAAAUGAGUGGAAUUGCGAUUGGUCGUUUGUCCGAAGAGCGAAAAGCUUGGCGAAAAGACCAUCCAUUUGGAUUCGUGGCCAAACCGACUUACAAAAAUGACGGCACGAUGGACCUCAUGCAUUGGGAGUGUGCCAUUCCGGGAAAGAAAGGGACACUUUGGGAAGGGGGGAUGUACAAAUUGCGAAUGCUGUUCCGGCCAGAGUAUCCAGCCACGCCGCCAAAAUGUCAAUUCAUACCGCCGCUCUUUCACCUGAACGUGUAUCCGUCUGGAACCGUGUGCUUAUCUUUGCUCGACGAGGCGAAGGACUGGCGCCCUGCGAUUACCAUCAAGCAGAUCUUACUGGGCAUUCAGGAUCUGCUGAGUGAGCCAAAUGUCAAUGAUCCCGCGCAGGCGGAAGCUUACGUCGUUUUUACUAAAGAUCGGACCGAGUACGAUCUUCGUGUCCGAGCCCAGGCUCGAAUCAUGACGCCAGCAAAUGAUAAGUGAACGGUGCUGAAUCUAAAUUUACAAUUAUUUUCUUCCUCAUUCAUUUAUAUGAAUGACUUACUUGCUUUAUAAACAUUGGUUUAUUUUAUAUGUAUUUAAAUGAAAUAAAGGGUUGAGAUUUCCCCAAAUAUUCAAAAGA